CAAGUCAAGAGGAGAAGGAUAGGAACGAGGCCAAGAUGGACGAAGACGAGGAUGACUACGAAAAGAUAAGGCUCGAGAACAUGCGAGCAAACGCUGAGCUGAUGGAGAGCUUAGGACUGGGGUCGGAGAAGAAACCAAAGCCAACGUCGGCAUCCCUGAGAGCUCGAGCGUCAAAACGGUCGCCGUCUGAAAUGACUCCAGAUGCCGAGCCUUCAAGAUCCUCCUCCAGACUCGCCGAUCGACCACGUCGCUCAUACAAUGAGUCGGAUACCAACAAGGAGAUGCGCAAGCAGAUGAGCCAACCAAAGCGAGAGAAACCUCCCCCUAGGGAGGGGUUUCGCAAGUCGGCGAGGCACGCUGAAGGCCGCAAGAGGUACGAAGAGGUGGACACCGACGACUCUGAAGGAGGAGAUGCAUGGGCGCCCUCGUCUUCGAGAGAGGGGAGUGACGAGGAAGGCGGGUCCUCGAAAUCCAGGAGGGUCCGCAGGCGCAGAGACGCGCAGCCAAGGGGCAGCAUCAUGCAUACAAAUGCGCUCUCAUAUACUGAUGUACUAAAGCGACUAAAGAAUCCCACGGCACCAGGAGGCGAUCCAGUGGGAAAUGGUGACCCGAAUGCGGAGAGCGACGAAGAAGGAAAUGACUUUCCGCGUCAGCCUCUUCCCUCUCGUGAGCCGCCUCGGGACGGCAAGCAGGGUAAAGGAACACUCAUAUUUGAGAAUGCCAACCGACACUUUCGACCAAACGUCACACCAGAGGAGAUGCUUCGUGGUGGAGUCUUUGGUGGGACCGCCUUUCGACCAUAUCGAUCUGCUGUACUCCAUCGCAAGCUCGAGUCGACUGACGAUCUCUCCGAGUUCCCUGAAUCGUGGUAUGCCGAGCUUGAUGCUAGUCAUGAGCUGACUUCGCCAGACUACGACCCUUCCGUCAAUCGAUACGGCGUCAAGGCAGGGCAGACAUUGGAGGAAUGGGAGAAUAAUGGUUGGAUCAAGCGGCAGGAUCCUAGGGGAUGGUGGCAGUGGUACUUUCGCUUCUACCUAGGAAGGAGGAGCAAGGAUGAUGCGAGGCAGAUUGGAAGAUGGCAAAAAGCGUGCGGACCAGCAGGCAGGUUCAAGAGGAGCCUAGUCAGCAAGAUUGUUCGAUCGCAUGCGACCUGGGACGACGAAAGUGUGUCCCCAGUUGUCCGUCAGACCCUCUUCCAUUGGGCUUACGAGCUGACGGAGUCAGACUAUGAGGACUACUUGCCAGACGCUUCGUAGAGUACCAUCUUUAAACGUGUCUCAACCACUGUGUAGAUAUAAAGGGCAUACCUGUUCAUGCUUGUACUUUUCGAUCUCUCCGCCC